AUGCUCCACUCUCCUUGCCUUCUGUGGCUCCUGGCCAUGGCCUUCUCCUUGGUUCCCAGAGCUCAGCCUUUGACCCCUCAAGACUUGGAGGAGGAUGACGAAGAUGAGACAGUGAGCACGCCUCUGCUGGCUCUCCGCUGUGACUAUGACCGAUGCCGCCACCUGCAGGUGCCCUGCCAUGAGCUGCAGAGGGCUGGGCCGGUGGCCUGCUUGUGCCCCGGCCUCUCUAGCCCCGCCCAGCGACCUGACCCACCACGCUUGGGAGAAGUUCGCAUUGUGGCCGAGGAGGGCCGCGCUGAGGUCCACUGGUGCGCACCGUACUCCCCAGUCCACUACUACUGGCUGCUGCUUUGGGGAGGCUCUGGGGAGCCACAGAAGGGGGCCCCUCUCAAUGCUACAGUCCGAAGAGCAGAACUGAAGGGACUGAUGCCUGGGGGCACUUAUGUCAUUUGUGUGGUGGCUGUUAACGAAGCUGGGGAGAGCGAGGUCCCUGGGGCAGGUGAAGAUGGCCAGGAGAGUGUGACCUUCCCUUCCUUUGGGCCCUGUGGCCAGAUCAUUGUGCCACCCAGACCCGCUACCCUGGUCCAUGCCGCUGUGGGGGUAGGCACAGCUCUGGCCCUCUUGAGCUGUGCUGCGCUGUUCUGGCACUUCCGUCUACGUGAGCGAUGGGGCUGCCCCCGUCACCGCCCAGCUGCAAGGACUGUCUGA